AUGGCUUCGGCUGGCGGCCCAGCGAGUCAAGAAGACACGAGCUCUGAUCUACCAUCCGCCACGACCCGACAACCCGAAGAUUCUUCCUCCCCCACCAUUUAUCUGGACAGAAUCGAAUCUCCAGCCUUGAGCGGCAGCUCCAGCGUCCCCGAGCUCAGCAGGGCCAGCUCCAACACACCUUCCACCGACGAGAUCUCGCUGAGAUCCCACGUCUCCAUCCCCGUCGUGGGAACUUUUCCUCUGGGGUCCCUCAGGGUCCACAGGGCGAUGGACCCUCCUCCAAGAUCAUCACCAUCACAGCGACCAGAGGCCAAAGUGCCGCUGCCACCAUUCCUUCCCAACGGCGAUGUCUUCCUCAUUCUCGAUCUCCCGCCCAACUCGACGGUGGGCUGCGACAGCAAGGCCAUUGGGAUCGGCGCGUCAGGAGGGUUCCAGGGCAUACGUGACAUCCCGACAGGGACCCACUUCCUCUGGGUAUCGGCACCGGAGGCCAUGUCGCGGUGCGGGUACUGGUUUGUCGCUGCUGGGGACAGAGCACGCGUGAGAGUUAAGCAGUGGGACAAGUUCAACGAGGUGCUGGUUGACCCGGCGAGCAGCUUCGAGGCGCGCGACCACAGGGACAAUGUAGCCAGCCUGUACCCGCAGCUCACGCCCUACGGCUUUGGAGAAGGAGGAGGAGGAGGAGCAGGAGGAGCAGGAAGGGAUGACGACGCACAGCUCUGGCGGCGGCUGACCGCGUGCAUCAGCGAGAGGCUCCUCGCCAGGGUCACAGGAAGGCACGGCGUAGACGAGUGGCUCGUCGACACGUCCGACACCGCCGCCGGCGACUCGGGCUUCCCGCAGACCAAGACCACGCAGACCUACCAGACCAUCACCGGCAGCGGCGAACUGAACUUUCUCUUCCCAGAGGGCGAUGUUGACCUACACGCUGUGCUGCAAGGCGGCGGCCAUGACGAUGAUACCGCCGCCGCCGCCGGUCCUCCAGACACAUCCCACGACAUCCUCCGCCUCCUCGACACGCCUGGGACGGGUGUCGACUCGGCCGACCUGGUAGGCGAGAUGCAGCUCACCUUCCUCGCGGGCCUGCACCUCUCCAACCUCGCCUGCGUCGAGCAGUGGUGGCACCUCGUGCUCAAGAUUGUGCUCCGCGCCCACCAGCUCGUCCUCCUCCGCCCGCCGCUCGCCCUCUCCUUCCUCACCACCCUGCACGCGCAGCUGGUCUACGACGAGAGGUAUAUCGCCGGCGGCGCCAGCAGCGACCCCGCCAGAAACCUUGCCGACGGCGAGUAUGGCGGCAGUGGCGGCAACGGCGGCUCGACGAGCAUCCUGGACAUCAUCCCUGGAAAGAAGAGGCAGCUGAGGGACGCAUUGACGCUGUACAAGCGGCGCAUGAACGAGAUGCUCCUCGACCUGCCCCGCGGGGGUCAGCAGCACGGUGUCGCCGCCAGUGGGCUUGGUGACCUGGGCCGGGCCUUUGUGGAGCUUGAGGCCUGGCUCUGGCGGCUCGGCUGGGACCUGAGGACAGACUAUGUCAGGAAGAAGGACGACGGCGACGGGGUGAUGGAGGGUAUGGGGUAUAACGAGGAGGAGGACGACGACGAUGACGACGAUGAGUAUCGCCCUGUGAUUGUUGACCUGGAUGAUACGGGGCGGGAGGUUGGGCUGGUGUCUUUUCAUUGAGGCCCAGAUCAGGGGAGCAGCCGGAAAAGACGGAGAGAGGGGUGAGAAAAGGCCAGUGGCUAUAAUGUUGGGUUUCUAUUCAUGUUGGUGUUACAUGCAUCGUAGUUAUGUCGGGUCUGUUUUUCCAUAUUUUCUUUUCACGCAUGAGCGACAACCUGAGAUGAAGAACUUGCACUAUGAAUUGGGAAAGGGGUUUUGUCCAACAUAACGAGAUUAGAAUGAAGAAGAGACGAUGUAAAACAUG